AUGUAUCAGAAGGAGCAUUCGCGAGAAGGUGCAUACUGGUUGUCAUGUGCGGACGUCAAUACCAGUGCCGUGGGGGCAGAGCAGUGUGUGCCUGGCGAGAACCGAGCUCAUGUGGCUUUAGACACAGGUUUCGGCCCGACACCUUACGAGGUGGGUUUCCUUCGGCCGCAGAGGUUGUUGCAGGAUUGUUGCCAACGCAGUCCACGCGAUUUGGGCUCUAUGGGAUUCCAAAGCCGCGAAAACAUGUACAUGAAAAGGUCUGAAUUGGAAGCAGCUCUGGCCGAUGGCUUUAUUUUGAACUUAUACAGCAGCUAUAACACGACGCACCAUGACCCGAGGAAGUAUUUUGAAGGACUGGACUCAUUGAAUAUUUCGCAUUUCGAAGCCUGCAACCGUACGUUUUCAUGGACACUGUCGUCCGAAGACCUGGAGGGCUAUGUAAAUUGGACAGGUGAUUUUGAUGGAGUCACGCAAGCGGCUGAUGGAACCUAUUGGCUUCGAUGCCCUGACGAGUAUUUUUGGCUCGCACCUGCAUGCCGUCACAACGUAUCAAGCUGCAUUCCAACGGUCACCUUCGGAGGUGAGCUUUUUCUGGAGAUGAUGCAUUGGUCGACGGCUCAUGGCCUUCCGCUCGCCUUGGGCAGUUACAUCGACCCCUACAUUUUCUUCGAGACAAUGAAGAAUGCCCGCACGCUCUUCUAUUGGUGGGAGCCCGAGAACUACCGGUUUGAUGUUGACAUGGUGCCUUUGAUGCUACCGGUCUACAACGCGAGUGAAUGGUCCGAGGGUAUCCGGAGGACGGCACAGCCGCCUGGAUAUGUGGGCAAGCUGGUCAGUGCUAAUCUUCAAGACAAGGCACCUCAGGUCCACACCCUGAUCGAAAGGUUUGCCAUUGAUAUCCAAGACCUGGAAGAGCUGAACGAAAUCUUAGCAGAGGCCAGGGUCUCGCCCAAUGAUCCCCCCGGGGCAAAAAGCUCGGAGAUCUUUCGGGCGGCCUGCGCUUGGAUCAGCUCCAGCGAGUCCCUGUGGAAGACGUGGAUCCCCACUGCGUGCGACUCCGGGUCUGGACUGGCUGAUGCAGGAGGCGACUUCCUCCUCGCUCGCGGAGAUGAUGCUGUGGGUUGCAGUGUUUGUCCAUCGGGUCGUUUCUCGGAGCCUCUUCUGGAUAGUGAAGGCUUCACUUACCGUUGUUCUUGGUGCCGUCCGGGCACCUAUCAGGACGUUGCAAAUCAAGGAAGCUGCAAGCUGUGUGCAGUUGGCCGCACGGCGGGAACACAGGGUGCCACAGUCUGUAGCCUCUGCCCCCUGGGCACUUUUAGCACGCAGACUGCGAGCACUGCGUGCGGCAGCUGUGGCAAUGGUGAGGGCUGGACCACAAAGGCAGGGGGGAACGGAAACAAUCUUGCUGUUGGAGCAUACAGUAGCCUACGUCCUCGGCCUUAG